UCAGCAUGUCGGCCGGGGCCCCGGGAUCGCCGCCCCCGCCGGCCCCCCCGGGCAAGGCCAAGGUGAAGGAGCAGAUCCGGAACAUCGUGCAGGACCUGGAGCUGGUCCUGGGUGACCUGAAGGACGUGGCCAGGGAGCUCAAGGAGGUGGUUGACCAGAUUGACACACUGACCUCUGACCUACAGCUGGAGGAUGAGAUGACAGACAGUUCCAAAACAGACACACUGAACAGCAGCUCAAGCAGCACCACAGCAUCCAGUUUGGAGAAGAUGAAAGUGCACUCCAGUGCACCGCUCAUCAAGCCGCCAGCCCACCCCUCCGCCAUCCUCACUGUCCUGAGGAAACCCAACCCACCACCGCCUCCCCCAAGGUUGACCCCUGUGAAGUGCGAAGACCCUCAUAGGCCAGUGCCCACUUUGAAUCCCGUAAAGACUAAUGGCACCCUGCUCCGAAAUGGAGGCUUACCGAGUGGACCAAACAAGCUUCCCAAUGGGGACAUCUGCUGCAUACCUAAUAGUAACUUGGACAAGGUUUCCAUGCAGCCUCUAAUACAUAGGCCAGAGAAAGACCGCUGUCCUCAGGCAGGGACACGGGAACGGGUGAGGUUCAGUGAAAAGGUGCAAUACCAUGGUUAUUGCCCUGAUUGUGAUAUCCGAUACAACAUAAAAAACAGAGAGGUGCAUUUACACAGCGAACCUGCUCCCUCAGUGGGAAAACUUUCUCACCAGUGCCCUCCUGCCCCUCCUCCUCCUCCUUCUGUCCCUCCUUUCCCCCUGGAAAAUGGAGGGUUAGGAAUCAGCCACAGUAAGAGCUUUCCCCCUCUCAGACCUGCAACUGUGCCUCCGCCGACUGCACCCAAACCACAGAAGACCAUUUUGAGGAAAUCGACCACUACAACCGUGUGACGUUUGCCACUUGGAAAACUCUUUUUGUUUAUUUCUAUAUUAUAAACAUAAAAUCAUAGGUUAUGAGCACUUUCUACUCAAGCAAUAAAAAGCCCCAAAAUAUUACACCCGUGUUCAGCGACGUGGCAUAAAAUCACCUGGAACUCCUGUAUGAGUGAUUCAAGGACUUUUGAUGAUGCUCUCAGCCUGCUGAGUUGAAAAUUUCCCAGAGGAUCGGAAUCGUAUUCUGACACCAGCUUCCAGAUUCCUUGUUGCGCUCUCCAGCAUGGCUGCAUAGAAUAGGUUGAACAAACCUGGACCUAAUACACAGUCCUGCUUUACUGUGUUGGUGAAGGGGAAGGAUCUGACAAGACCCCUCCAAUUCUGACCUGACCAGCCAUAUCAGCAUGGAGUAAUAGGAUCUUUAUAGACUUCUCAGGGCAACCUAACUUUCAGCUGUUGCCAGAGAACAGGCCUGUUAAUGGUGUCAAAUGCUGGUUUUUAGUGUACAGACAUCAUAUAGAGGUCUUGAUGUUCUUCAGUGAAUUUCUCCUGCACCUGAUGUGCAGCAAACAUCAUGUCUCCUAUGGCCACUGUGGUCUGAUGCUACAUAGAAAUUCUGGGAGUUCUUCAGGAGUCAGUCCAGCGUGACUUUGGCUAGGAUCUUGCCAACUAUGGGGAGUAGAGAGAUCCCCAUGACAGUUUCUACAGCCAGCUCUCUCCCCUUUGGAAGAACCUAAUGAAAAGUCCUAGGCAAGUAGGCAGUUCACUCUGCUGAUCACUCUGUUACCAAAUGUGGUUGCUGCCCCUUCAGCAACACUUUGGGUAUCGAGCAGCCAUAUUUAGGAACAUACUGCUCACCCCAAAUGGGGAGGACAACUAGAAAAUAUGCCUGUAAAAAUCUCCAUCCCCAUCCAAUCCUGCAUCUAGAAGCCCAGAACUGGUGAGCCUUAACCUUGUGAUUCUGUUACUUUAUGGAACAUCAGGAUGCUACACGACUUUGGAAAGGGUCAUCCAAUAAGGUGACUGGAACAUGUUGCAGGUGAAAUAGCCUGCACUAAGUGAAACAAAGUUUUCUGAAGAAAGACAGCCCACAGAAACAGGUGCAGGAUACUCCUAUUCUGGAGAGUUCUUUCCCUUCUGAAUGAAGGCCGAUAGACAGGUUUUCUGAUGGUCUUACGCCUUCCAAAUCUGUCCAGUGGCAAUUGUUGGAGCGUAAUGACCUUAGCUUUAAAAUAGAAAUACUAUGCCACAAUCAUCAGGGUGCAUGCUCCCACCAUGACUGAUACAAAUGAGAAAGCACGGUUCUAUAUGGGUCUGGACAGACUCAUAGCAGUAUUAAGCUAAUUAAGAUGAUUCUCAUAGGGGAUUUCAAUGCACAGGUGGACAGUGACACUGUAACAUGGAAAAAAAGAAUUGGACAACACAGAACAGGACAAUUAAGCAGCAGUGGCCUACUUUGGCACAGUGAAUGUGCUAAACAGUUUGUAAUCAUGAAUGGUCACUUACCGAACAAGGGAAAGACCCCUUGGAUACACCCACAGUUUGAGCAGCAGCACCCUGCCGCCUUCUGGCAGUGAGACUUGAAGUAUGUUCAUUUGACUGCUCCAAUAUUGGGUGCCUAAUACUGAACCUGAUGUUCCAAGUUUUUAUGAACAAUAAAGUUAAGAUAGUGCAAAGUGGCAUCUAAACCACUCAGGAUGCUGAAUGUUAAAUUCCUGGAGAAUGACACCACAUGUAAAGGAAGUUGGCAAUAUCAAAGCAGCCUAAUUAGAGCAAGAAAUCCCGUCUGCCUCUUCUAAUGUGAUCAAGAAUUGGUUGCCUCUCUGGAAUAUGAUCUACUAGGCAGUCUUUUGAAGAAAACACCAGACUGCUUUGAUGGAGUAAUUUAGACAUCUAAGAGCUACUUUUAGUGAAAAAGCCAUAUCUUAAUACCACCUUGCAGAUCCUCACAACCUUGGCUAAAGAUAUACUUAAUGAAACAUGUUGUGGAAUAAGAAUAAGUUAAACUCAACAAUUAGCAGGAUUCCUAGGCUGAUGAGAGACAUGGCUAUACUGACUAAAACCGAGGAGUGGGAAUGGUUCCAUCCUUAUCACUGUCAAAGGACAUCUCCUUUGCGAGAUGUGAGAACACUUCAUUGAUCUCUCUAACACACCUCUCACCAUCGAGGAUGAUGGGCAAGAAUCCUUCCCACUUAAGACAUGGCUAUUGGUCCAACAGUUAAUCUCACCACUGCAGAAUGGCAAAGUUCCUGGAUCUGGAAUCUUCAAGCAGCCAGAAGAUGUGCCACUUAAUCACUCAUAUAUGUUUUUCCUCACUCUAUGGAACACUGAGGAAAUGCCACAGGAUUUCAAAGUUGCCUCAUUAACACCAUCUUCAGAAAGAAAAGGAUGAAUAUAUAUCUUAUGAAAUGAAUGUUUUGCUUGAAAAGACUCAGAUACUCUAGAGGAAUAAGACAAGGAAAUUAUUCUUAUAAAUAUUUUCUGUUUCCAAAAAAUUCAAGCUUUCAAAAAAUGUGCCUCAGACUAAAUGUAGAGAACCAUAAAGCAGCUUCUAUUUGAUCCUCAUUUAUGAGUUUCUGAGCUAUAUAUCACUCUGUGAUGAGGGUAGAAAAAUCUACAAUGAGAUUCACAAAAAUAUAGCACAGGAAUAAUAGUACUGCCUAAAUAGUACCAGUGAUAGUGUGGUGCUGUUUCCCCCCGACCCUCAGCCCUUCCCGAGAAAGUGUGUUUUCUUAUUUCAUCAUUAUUAUUAUUAUUAUUAUUAUCCUUAUUUUUAGUUUCUUACUUUUAAGGAACAUCUGCCACAUUUGACUGAAAUGAAAGCUUUUUCACAGAUUGCCAUUUUUAAGUAUAUUAUAUGUAGGACUUGUGUAGUAAAUAUUGGGGUGAAGCUGCACCCACAUAUCUUGUGGUACAGACUGGGAGAUACAUUUAAAAAAGAAAAGCUGUAACUGUCUACUUGUAUUUGAUAUCUGAAAAAAUAAACAUUUUUUU